CGAAGCUGAAAUGAAGCGUUUAAAAAAUGCUUUUAAGCGCACUUCAAACUUAAAUGGAUUAAUGACUGAAGGCCUAUUUAUUAGAGAAGUUCUCUGGGAAGGAGUUCCUCCCAAAUUUGCUCAGUUGAUAUAUCGAGCAUUUGGUGGCACUCCUAAAGGACUCUCUUUUAAAGAUUUACUAUGUGGUUUGGUGAUCUUAACACGGGGGAUGCGGGAAGAGAAAAUAAAAUUACUGUUUGGGAUGUAUGCUGAUGAAGCCUUCAGUUAUAUACAAAAAGAAGAAAUGGAUCGGCGUAUUUUAGAAACUGAACAACAAGUUUCCCAGUCGCUUUCAGAACUUUUUAAAGAGUGUGACCAAGUGACCUAUGAACAGUUUAGUUCCUGGGUGAGUUUACAUCCUGAUGCCACUCUUUUAACCAAAUGGUUGUUGUCAGAACCGCUCAGUGUGACAUUAUCCAAUGACAUGGAAACACCAACAUUUUACCAAACUUUGGCUGGAGUUACACAUUUGGAAGAGACCGAUAUUAAUGAACUUGAAAAAUGCUAUUGGGACCUAAAGGAAAAAUCAAAAUCUGGUCGGUUUGACCAAGAGACAUUCAAGCAACUUAUUUGUCCACCUGUACCAGAUAUGUUAUGUGAAGGUCUGUUUCUUGCGUUUGAUGAGAACAGAGACAAUCAUAUUGAUUUCAAGGAAAUGGCUUGUGGCAUAUCAGCUUGCUGUCGAGGUCCAAAAACAGAGCAACAGAAAUUUUGUUUCAAAAUUUUUGAUACUAAUCAUGAAGGGAAACUUGAUAAAGAUGGUUUGAAAUCUAUGUUGGAAGCUCUUGUAUUGAUACGUAAAGAGAAUAACUCACCAGAAGAACUGGAAGAUGAUGUUUUCCAUCGAUUAGAUCCAGAAACAGUUGCUAUGGAAAUUCUUCUUUGUCAUGAUGGAGACCAGGAUGGUUGUAUCACCAUGGAAGAAUACUUGGUUUGGACUGUUAACAAUACCCUUUCAGAAGACCUACUCAAUCUCCUCAGUCAAAUAUGUCAUAUUGUAUUGGGAUUGCGACCCCUUACACGUGAAGAAGAAGGGAAGAUAGUCAGGGGUUGGUUAGAGAGAGAAUCAAGAAAAGCCUUAAAAGUUGGUCAGACAUGGUACCUUAUUAGCAUGGCAUGGUGGAAUUCAUGGAAUGAGUAUGUUACAUCAGAAGCUCCGGUCUCAUACAAUGAUAUUGAUUUUCCCAUAUCAAAUGAUAUAAAAUGGUCAAGUAUAGACUAUUUGGGCCGACAGAGAAUUGCUAAGAACAGUAAGAACUCUUUAAUUGCAAUGGAAGAUGAUUCUGUUGUAAUGGUGAAUGUAACAAAAGUUGAAAAUAGCUACACUAUGCAAUCAAUGACAUCUAGUCUUCUAGAUGAUCACUGUUCUCGAUCAGCUGUCAGUUUAUGUGGUAAUGCACGACAAGAAACUCUUAACCCACUUGACAUGUGCAGCAAUACAGUAAAUCGUAGUCCCAGUGCAUCUCCAAAAAUGCGGAAGAAAACUCAGGUAUAUCCAGCUCCCCAGAAGCCUGGAGCUAUUGACAAUAGUCCUCUUGUACAAAUAAAUACAUCAAAGGUAAUGACUUUAACAAUUGAAGGUGGUCGUCUAAAGAAAGAUGUACCAUUAGUGAGAUCUCGUGAUUUUGAAAUAGUUCCUGAACCAGUUUGGAGAGCUCUUUCUAGUUGGUAUGGAGGCAAUCCAGCUUUACCACGCACCGUAAUUACUUCAUCAAAAGGUAAUGCAUAUUCAGAAUUAGAGUUAUAUCCGAUAACCGUCCGCCUGUUUCGACAUCAAAAUAUACCCCAAAAGCCUGUCCAAACAACUUCAACUUUCACUGGAAUGAUGGCUGGAAUUAGUGGCAUGACAUUUAAUAUUGCCAACUUUUCAGCAAAUACACCCCGCCGAUAUUUAGCUUACACUGCAGCAUUUAGCCGACAUCAUACAUUGCAACAAAUCUAUGAAUUUCUUUGUGGAAGACUUCGAUUCAAUAAAGAAGAUAUUCGACUUUGGAAGUUUAAAGAUGAGCAUAACAUGACUCUUUUGGAGGAUGACUGUAUGACAUUAGAAGAUGCUGGUGUGGAAGAAAAUCAACAAAUUCUUAUUGAAGUUCGAAACAAAGAUCUCACAUGGCCCGAGGAGAUGUGUCAGCUUGCAAAACACAGAAAUUUUAGUAAAAAAGAUAAUGUACCAACAGAGCAAGGUGCAACAGGUUUAAAUAAUUUGGGAAAUACAUGUUUCAUGAAUGCUGCUGUCCAGUGUGUCUCAAACACUUGGCCCCUUACUCAAUAUUUUACUGGUGGCUUACAUCUGUAUGAGCUUAAUAGAAUGAAUCCAUUGGGUAUGAAAGGUCAUAUAGCUCAGCGAUAUGGUGAAUUAGUGAAAGAUCUCUGGAGCGGCUCAUCAAAGACUAUUGCUCCACUUAAACUCAGGUGGACAAUUGGUAAAUAUGCUCCUCGGUUUAAUGGAUUUCAACAACAAGAUUCUCAAGAGCUUCUCAGUUUCCUUUUAGAUGGAUUGCACGAAGAUCUCAACCGGGUCCAUGAGAAACCAUAUGUUGAAUUGAAAGACAGUAAUGGACGUCCUGAUGAAGAAGUAGCACAGGAAGCUUGGGAAAAUCAUGUACUUCGUAACCAGUCAAUUGUCGUUGAUUUAUUCCAUGGUCAAUUGAAAUCUCAAGUACGGUGUAAAGAAUGUGGUCAUGUCAGUGUCCGCUUUGACCCUUUCAACUAUUUGUCAUUACCUUUACCAAUGGACAGCUGUGUUCAUUUGGAAGUUAUUGGUUAG